UGCUGAGUGGUUGUUUAGAGAAACUCGCUAGCUCCGUCAAAUAUGCCGAAUUAUCUGUUCAUACAUAGACGUUUUCUCAUUAUGUUCUCGCGUGACAUGUGGUUGUAAGACUGGUGCCUGUAAGCGCUGACCUGUUGGGGAUUAUUAGACAGUACGGAGGUCAAUUUUUAUAUUUUAUUCAUUUGUUUUUAUCGGUUUCGUUAGCUAGCAUGCUAAUUCAUGACUAGCCAGUUGGCGACUUAGCGGUGAAUUCUCUCAACCCAGCAGUCAGGAAACACCUGGUCUCCUCUCUGAGUUGUGUUUAAACAGCUUGACAACAUGGCUGGAGGCAUUACAGAUACAGGAGAGCCCUACUCACCUUUUGUUGGCUUGGUGUACAUGUUCAACAUAAUUGUAGGUACUGGUGCUCUGACCAUGCCAAGAGCCUUCGCUACUGCUGGUUGGGUUGUAAGCCUGACACUCCUCACCUUUUUGGCUUUCAUGAGUUACAUGACCACUACAUUUGUAAUCGAGGCCAUGGCUGCAGCCAAUGCCCAGCUACGCUGGAAGAGGAGAGAGCAGGAAGAGGUCAGUAGCAAAGACUCCAGUUCUGACUACUCGGAUGACGAGGUCACCUGCAGGGGACGGUCAGAUCCAAUCGAAACUCGACCAAUUCUCUCUGUCCAGCGUGCAGGGUCAGUGGAUCACUUUGAUAUUAUAGAGAGAGUGGAGAUGGGACAAAUGGCCUCUAUGUUUUUUAAUAAAGUUGGCGUCAAUAUGUUCUACAUCUGCAUCAUUGUAUACCUGUAUGGAGACUUGGCCAUCUAUGCUGCUGCUGUGCCUGUGUCCUUGAUGGAAGUGGCCUGUGGCAAUCAUUCCUGCAGCGCUGGGAGUAUAAAAUACAACGACACAGAGGCAUGCUGGGGGCCAGUGAGCCGGAAAGAUGCCUACAGAGUCUUUCUCGCAGUUUUUACACUACUAUUAGGGCCUUUCACGUUCUUCAAUGCACAGAAGACCAAAUACCUUCAGAUCCUCACCUCACUAAUGAGAUGGAUUGCUUUCACCAUGAUGAUAAUCCUGGCGCUGAUUCGCAUCUCAAAGGGCCAUGGUGAGGGGAAACCUCAGGUGGCACAGCUCAGCGGCGUUCCCAACCUCUUUGGCGUUUGUGUGUACUCUUUUAUGUGCCAGCACUCACUGCCUUCUCUGAUAACACCUAUCUCAGACAAACGGCGAGUGACUGUGCUGCUAACUGUGGACUACGUGCUCAUCCUAGCCUUCUACAGCCUGCUUUCCUUUACAGCCAUCUUCUGCUUCGACAGCUCACUACUGCGAGACAUGUACACACUAAACUUCACCGACAACUGUGACGUGCUGGGUGUGGCCGCCCUACGGUACUUUUUAGGAUUAUUCCCUGUCUUCACCAUUAGCACUAACUUUCCUAUAAUUGCAGUUACGCUGCGCAACAACUGGAAGACUCUUUUUCAUCGAGAUGGAGGCACCUACCCAUGGGUGGUGGACCGUAUUGUGUUCCCCUUGAUUACUUUGGUGCCACCUAUUGUGGUAGCAUUUUGUACUCAUGAUCUAGAGUCACUUGUGGGCAUCACUGGAGCCUAUGCAGGCACAGGCAUUCAGUACAUUAUACCCGCUGCUCUGGUGUUCUUUAGUCGCCGCCACCUAGAGCCUGUGUUUGGAAGGGAAGUGCAGAAUAAGCACAGGUCUCCAUUCCGCCACACAUUCUGGGUCGUAUUUGUGGUGAUUUGGGCGACUUCCUGCUUGAUGUUUGUCACAGCUAAUAUCAUACUUACAUCAGAAAAUAAGAUUUAGGCAUUUUACAUUUAUUAUUAUUUUAAACCUUGAUUGAAGGUGUAUAGGUUUGAUACGCAUUGAAUAAUCAAACAUUAAGAACGUUUAAAUGCAACUUGGUUGAAUAUAGAAAGAAAGCUAAAUUGUUUAAAAAAAUUUUAGGAGAAUUUUAUUUUGGCCUGAAGGUCCAAGGUUAAACGUUAUAAUUUGCUUAAGACAUUCAUUAAGUAAGAGUGGCAAAUUUCAGAUUUUAUAAACUGAUGUCAACACUGCUUAAUUAUUAAUUUUAAUCUUUACUAAUUUAAUAUUUCAUUCCUUGUGAGAUUGUUUUUUUUAAUGAUCAAAAUUCCAAAAUGUUUUAAUGGUUAUGUUUUUAAAAUAUGAAUGCUUAUGUUGAGUGUUGGUAUUUUUUAUUUCUUUUUUUUCCUAAAACCAAAAACGAGGCAGCCACAUGCACCUUAGCAUAGCCCGAGCGCUGUGGCAGGAGCAAAGCAAAUCAGGGAUAAUUAGUCUUUCAUGGCUGGCAUUUUCAACAUUUCCUAACUUGUAUGUCCUCAUGUGUCAUCACCAGUGAAUUGAUGAUUGUGUUCUGUAGCAUGGCUCAAAAAUGCAGCUUGGUAAGAGGAAAAUGAUGCUUUCUGUGCUCUCAGUGUUUAUUUAUCCUAAACGCAACCUGUGGUUCCUGCAUGUUUGGGUUUGGAAUUAUCUAAAGGUACACGAGUAGAGGACAGAUAUCUGUUUAAAAGUACUGCACCGCAUGUCUAGAGGUUGCUUUAGAGUUUUCUUACUUUAUCCUCGUAUCACUUGCUUAAAUGUUCUUCAGAUCAAAAUAGUAAUAGAGGGGCUCGAAAAAAAUUUAUAAACCUUUCAGCAGCUGUUUUAAAACUAAAAAAAAUUUUCUCUAAAGAUGUCAGUAGCAUCUUUGAUGCUAUUAUGUGACCAUCAAAAGAGAUGCAGAUUUCAUGUUGAAUUGUGUAUACAUUUUUGGGCCUCUUUGUAUAUAUGCCAUCAUUAAAUCCUGCCUUGCACAUUUUUAUCUUAUGAUUAUCAAGUUUCUUAUUUAUCCAUAUUCCCUAAUUGACAUGUCUCGAGCAAUGUUUGAUUUUUCCAUUUUCCUCAAACCCCCCUCAGAACCGCACGAGAGAGGAAAGAGGCUUCAGUCAGGCUUCUCUGAGAGGAGUUUGAUCAAGGGUGCAAAGCAGAAUUUGUUUAAACUAAGUGCUUCUUCUUUCUAUUUUAAAAUAAUUCCAAGCCUUAACGUCCUGACAACCAGUGGCGGUUUUACCUCAGGAUUAGAAUCAGUUACUGAGCUUGUGUGUAGUUAUGUGUCGUCACCAUCUUGUGUCUGUAAUGUCUCAGUCUUUAUACAAUAUCGUUCUUGCAUUUUCUUUAAAAGCACUCAAUAGACUGACAUCGGGGACAUGUUUGGUACAGUAAAAUAACCACUGCUCUCUGUGAGAGUGCUCUCCUACUCAAAAAGGCGAAUCAGCCUUAAAAGCAUGAGUCCUGCCAUCUGCCCGGGUUUUACACUUGCAGGUGUUUUAAGAUCACUAUCCUGAUCAAGGACUUUCGGGUCCACCUUUGGAGUGCAAUAAAAAGGGAUUGCAGCUUAUAACUCAAAUGUUCACAUCUAAGUAAAUAUUUAAUUAACAUUAACAGUUGUGAUGAUUAAUGCAAAGCAUAAAGGAGUGAACUGAAUACUAAUGUGCCUUUCUAUCCAGAGUUUUUAUUCCCUCUUUAUAGGGAUGAUGUAUGCGGUUGUGUCCUGUAAAUCCUGUCAGAUAACUUGCAUGUAAACUACUCAUUGUAAUUGACAAUCAGUGUGUCUUCUAAAUAAACUUUCAAAGGCAGGCUUUCACAAUAUGGCAGCUUGUACUGUUUAUCCUUCCUUU